UGAGCCUGCUCCUGGAAUCCGCAAGGUCGUCGUCUCGACGAACAUUGCCGAGACGAGCUUGACGAUCAACGGUGUUGGGUACGUCGUCGACACUGGCUUGGAGAAGCAAAUGCGCUUUAAUCCCCGCCUUCGCAUGUCUACGCUGCUCACUAAGCCCAUCUCACAGGCGUCCGCCAAGCAGCGCGCUGGCCGCGCCGGCCGAACACAGCCUGGCGUGUGUUAUAGACUCUACAACAAGGUUUCGUUCGACAAGAUGGAGCCAAUGAGUGAGCCAGGCAUCCGUCGAGAUCCGCUUGAGCCAUUGGUGAUGGAUCUCGCAUCAAUCGGGUGGACGAGACCGCUCAGUUUCGAUUGGCUUGAUGCCCCCAAUCCGGAGGACCUCACACGGGCGGCCGGGAAUCUUGUGGACUGGAGAUUUCUCAACCCUGAAGGAGGUUCGAGUACUCUCAAUGGCCGGUAUGCCGUAAGGAUGCCUCUUCCUCCACUGUGGUUCCACGUGAUCUUGGCAGGAGCGGAAGAGUCAUGUGCCCUCGACAUGGCUACCAUAGGUCUUUUGUGCGAGGCCCGUCCCCCAAUCUUCGAGAGGAGGGAUCCGUUCACUCAGUGCAUGAAUUUGGCGCAUACUGCGUUCGCCGACCCCUUGUCAGACCACAUUGCUCUACUGAAGGCGUUCUCUGCGUACGAGUACGUGCUUGAGAAGCAUAGUCAGGAUGCUGCUAUUGACGUCGAGGCCUGGUGUUCACAUCAUGCCCUGAGUAAGGACGGCUUGGAUGGUGUCCACAAACAACUGAAGGACAUGGCGACCUUCCUCCUGAAUGCGAAGAUCGAACCUGGAAGGACUCUGCUCACAGACACCGUGAGACUCCGUCGGGCUCUGGUCAAAGGCCUCUGUACCCAGAGCGCCAUCCACUACAAGGGCCUGGAGUAUCGCACGAUCUACGAGAACACUCCAGCGUUGGUGUCUCCGUUUAGUUCUCUGUGGGAGGCUCAGCGAGAGUGGAUUGUCUGGACCAGCUUUGUCUCGACUGGAGGUAACCAAACUCUGGAAGUGGUUACAGCAGCUGAGCCCGAGUGGCUGGUGGACCUGCCAUACUUCAAUAUCGAUCGAAUGGCCACCACUCACGACGGCAAGCUCACGUUGCUUCAGAUCAUUGAGUCGCUCGGAAAAGCCAGGCGCGCGUCGUCGGCAACCAAUAAGGGCACCAGAUAUUGAAUCAACUAUUUUUGCUAUACUUCCAC